AUGUGUGGCACAGGUAAAUUUAAAGUUCUAUGGGGUUUGGAGACAUUGGCAGCUUGCCCACGCUGUGGCAACUUCAAGGAUCAUCUUCACGUUCCCCGUUGCCGUGCUGCUUUGGCAACAGCUGAAUGGGACCGUCGCACUGCAGCCUUCUCCACGUGGCUGGACCUGCAAUUGACGGGCCCUUCCAUCAAAACAGCGAUCCUACAGCUUCUUCACGGCGUUCGCACACCUACUUCGUCCCCUCUAAUGACCAUCACUCCUUCGGUUCGGCCGGCCUUCUUGGCUCAGCAGGUGAUUGGGUCCCAAGGCCUUUUGGAGGGACGCAUAGCCUCGUCUUGGCUUCCGCUCCAACAACAACAUUAUGACAAGAUCAGAUGA